ACUGCUGGGCUCCGGCACCUCCUUCAGUCCCUGGGCGCUCGCUGGCUGGGGUGGUUGGGACCGUUAGCUCGCCAGGCUGGCAGGCACCGGGCCGCUACUCCACUGGCGGCGGGGAUGGAGACCUUACGAGCGCAGCGGCUGCAGCCCGGAGUGGGCACUAGCGGGAGGGGCACUCUGAGAGCACUUCGGCCAGGAGUGACUGGGGCCGCAGCUGCCACCGCCACACCCCCAGCAGGCCCCCCGCCGGCCCCGCCGCCCCCCGCGCCGCCUCCGCCGCCUCUGCUCCUGUCGGGGGCUGCUGGGCUGCCGAUGCCCCCCGGCGCCGCCGGCAGCCCAGCGGUGCUGCGGGAGGCCGUGGAGGCCGUUGUGAGGAGCUUCGCCAAGCAUACGCAAGGCUAUGGCCGAGUGAAUGUGGUGGAGGCACUUCAGGAAUUCUGGCAGAUGAAACAGUCCCGUGGGGCUGACUUGAAGAAUGGGGCUCUAGUGGUUUAUGAGAUGGUUCCCUCCAACAGUCCGCCCUAUGUCUGCUAUGUCACCUUGCCUGGGGGAAGUUGCUUUGGGAGUUUCCAGUUUUGCCCCACAAAAGCCGAAGCCCGGAGGAGUGCUGCAAAGAUUGCUUUAAUGAACUCUGUGUUUAAUGAACAUCCUUCCCGAAGAAUCACCGAUGAGUUCAUUGAGAAGAGUGUCUCUGAGGCCCUGGCAUCUUUCAAUGGCAACAGGGAGGAAGCUGACAAUCCAAAUACAGGGAUUGGCGCCUUCCGUUUCAUGUUGGAAUCCAACAAGGGCAAGUCAAUGUUGGAGUUCCAGGAGCUAAUGACAGUUUUUCAACUGCUGCACUGGAAUGGCAGCCUUAAGGCCAUGAGGGAAAGGCAGUGCUCUCGGCAGGAAGUGUUGGCUCAUUAUUCACACCGAGCCCUAGAUGAUGAUAUUCGCCACCAAAUGGCGUUGGACUGGGUGAGCCGGGAACAGAGUGUGCCAGGAGCACUGUCUAGAGAGCUGGCUUCUACUGAGCGGGAACUGGAUGAAGCCCGGCUGGCAGGCAAGGAGCUGCGCUUCCACAAGGAGAAGAAAGAUAUUCUCAUGCUGGCUGCUGGGCAGUUGGGCAAUAUGCAUUCUUCCAACUGCUAAGCAUCCACCUGCAUAUUCUCCAUCUUCUCCAAGCCCUUUUUUUAAUACAUCCUUUCUAAGACUUAGUGUGAUUUCUGUAUAUACUUUCUCAAUUUUAUACUUAAAAAAUAUAUAUAUACAUAUAUAUAUGUGUGUGUAUAAAUUCUACACCUGGAUUCUUAUUUGCUGAGAGAUCCCUUUUCUUACUUGUAGUUUUUGGAUGUAGUUGCUUUUGAAACCUCUCCACACUACUUUAUAAGAAGAGCAAACUGUCUUUGGAGCUACAUUGACUUUUACAUUCCCAAUAACUCUGUGUAGUCAUUUCAAUAGCACAAAACAAUUGACUAAGUGUUCAUGUCUCCUUCUUUUAAAAUAAUAGGGAGCUUGAAUAAGGAUGGCGUGCCCCACCCUCAUCCUCAUUCUUGCUUUCUCUUGGACCCAACAGGCCAUGAAAAUGAAGACUCUGGCUUUGGUCUCUCUUGAGCGGGGCCUACCUGGUGCUGAGUUGUUCUUCUAAUAACUAGAUCUUUCCUCACCUAGACCUCCCCGCUCUGCUCCCCUACCUUAUGCCUCCUCUGCCUCAAAAUGGUACUUCAUUUUGAGGCUUCCUUACUUUAUUAUUUGGAAGAAAGUGGAGAUCUGGUUUCUUAUUUUUUUUAAAUCGUUACUGAAAAACUUCCCAGGAACAAGAGAGGAAUUAUAAACACAAUCUGUGUGGGUUCAUCAUCUGUGUUGUUUCUGGGGCAUAAAUACCAUACCAUACCAGUAGUCCAGCUUUCCAGAUGUAGUCUGCUGAAGGGGUCAAGGGUCGAAGUUGCUUAUCUUUCAGUAUUCUCUUUUAACUCCUUUCCCCCCACCCCCGCCACUUCUAGCUUAGUUAAUCCCUGUAUACAGAUCUUCCUGCUUACAAAGAUUGGCAGAAAGCAAUACAUAUUCCCGUCCUUUUUCUCCUCCCAUCAUUUUGCUCUUUGGAAACACUAUCUGUCCAAUUUGGUGAGGGCCAAGCUCCUCCUACUCCCACAAAGUUGCUGCUGUUUACUACCUUAGAUUCACAUUUAUUUUCUCUCUUUUCUUUCCUCUUCCUCCACAUCGAUUAUUAGAGCAUGAGUUUUAAUCAGGAAAACUGGACAAGACUCUGGCAUUUUGGCAUUUCCUAAUUGGAAUCUUGAGUGACUACAGGAGGGUAAAGAGAAUCUGUGAUCAGCUUCAUGUGUUUUUAAUACUGUUCUCUUUCCCCACCUUUUUCCUCGGUGAAAUAGGAGAGAAUGAUUUGGAGUACAGCUGAAGCAUUCCCUUUUGGGACAAUUUUUGUUGAUCUAAGACAUAUUUUCUCUUUGUUUCUAUAAUCUCCUUUAUACUAUAUUACAGCUCAGUGUACCUCUUAAGCUGAGUUUGGGAAAUUUAAUGUUCCUGCAAUUACACCUUCCAUGUAACAAUUAUACAUUUUUCUUUUAGAAAUAGAAACAGGCUAUGAUUUGCUCUUUUGCAUCAGAUAGGAAAAAGAUGAAAGUCAGCUUUCUUGCUUUUGAAAUCAUCCUAGUGACCAGUAUGUAUGAGAUCAGAGGUAAGGAAUCUAGCAAUAAUUGUAUUAGUCCUUGAAAGGGAUUUCCUUGCAUUCUCCAAGCCUCAUCUCUAUAUUCCAUGAAGCGCAUGUAGGGUCACAACAGAGGCUCCUACAAUAAAUAAUAGGUAUGUCUAUUCAAUUUUUAUUGGUAUUUAUAAUCCAGCAAUCAUAAACCCUCAUUUCUCCUGUGCUCUUUUCUCUUGGAAGUGUUAAGGAGUAUGAGUUAUAGAAAGAACUUGUCUUUGCACCUCCUGGAUUAUUUUUCUCAAAUACUAUCCAUUAAGAUCUCAAACAUCUUGAGAAAAAUUGUUCCCUGCUCUGUCCACUUUUGACAACAAUGUUAACAUUUAACUUACCUUUUUAGUACUCUGUAUUUUAUAUGUAUAAUUUUAUACAAUUAAAAAUAAUUUUUGUCUAGUGA